ACGUAUGCGUUGUUCUCCUUUCUAAUGAACUUUUAUCGAGCGUAUGACUAAACGACUAAAAUGACUAUCAAAUCUUCCCCGUAUUUCAGUGUUAUAUGUAGUUUCAUCUUCAUGACAAUGCUGUGUGGUGUUCUCAUACUUUUUGUCUGUUUUCAUUGCUGUGAUGGAAAGCUGCAGUUUGCCUCCUACUAUGGAGACCAUAUGGUGCUGCAAAGGUCUCCAGAGAGGGCUGUGGUGUGGGGAUAUGGCCCAGAGGGUGCCCAGGUCAUCGUCUACUUGUCAGGACCAACAAAACAGAUAACCUCACCAGUCUGUGUGAAAAAAGGAAUAUGGCAAGUUACCCUCGACCCUGUUGAUCCUGGGGGUCCUUACAAUGUGACAGCCAUAGUGACAGAAGGCCCUCAGAGCGACUCAGCCACUCUGACAGACGUCCUUUUUGGGGAUGUUUGGUUGUGUGGAGGCCAGAGCAACAUGUAUUUUCAAACAUAUCAGGUUUUCAAUGCAUCAGAUGAGCUUGCCCUUGCAGCCAAAUAUCCUCAUGUGAGGUUUUUUAUGGCUGCCUUAAAGAUGUCUGACACUGAACUGGAUGACUUGAUUGAAGUGGAAAUUCCCUGGUCUGUGCCCUCAGCACGAGAUGUAGCCAAUUUCUCUGCAGUGUGCUGGAUGUUUGGUCGUCACCUGUAUGAGACCUUGGGUUACCCCAUUGGCUUAGUGGAGUCCUGUUGGGGAGGCACACCUGUCGAAGCCUGGUCUUCUUUGAAAGCACUCGAGCAAUGUGGACUUGAGAAGAAUAGCACUGAUGUCCCUUAUAAGAAAAAUUCUGUUUUGUGGAAUUCAAUGAUCCAUCCAUUUCUUCAGAUGACUCUGAAAGGUGCCAUCUGGUACCAAGGUGAAGCCAAUGCAGGCUAUCAUAAGGACAAGUACAACUGUUCAUUCCCUGCUAUGAUCAAUGACUGGAGGAAUGCUUUUCACCAAGCCACGGGGGGGCAGACAGCAAUAGACUUCCCCUUUGGAUUUGUCCAGCUGUCCACACAUGAAAAGGGGCCUGUAAAUAACGGCUUUCCUGAGAUACGUUGGCACCAGACGGCAGACACUGGCUUUGUCCCAAACAAAAGGAUGCAGCGAACAUUCAUGGCUGUGGCUCUGGAUUUGCCAGAUGAGAAAUCACCCUACGGAACGAUCCAUCCUCGAGAUAAGCAGGACGUAGCCGAAAGGUUGUCACUGGGAGCAAGGGCAGUGGCUUAUAAUGAAAAGAAUGUGUCUUUCCAAGGACCUUUUCCUAACGACAUUCUGGUUACUAAAACAUACAUAAACAUCACCUAUGACCAGACAAUCUCAGUCACUCCUUCUAAAGACAUUUUUCAGAUUUGCUGCUCUAGUAUUCCGUCUUCAUUGGAGAAAGAGUCCUGCUGGGUUCCAGCUCCCAUCAUUCACUGGGGUCUGACCACGGUCUCUUUAUCAACCACUAUGUGUUCACCUUUGGAUGAAAUAGCUGCCCUUCGAUAUGCAUGGAUAGACUGGCCCUGUGGCUUUAAAGCCUGUCCAAUUUACAGCAGCAGUGGGGUUUUGCCUGCACCGCCUUUUGAGAUUGACCAUCCUCCAGGCAAAGCAAAGGUUUGGAAAAAUUACUGAGUUCUGGUAAACACAAAAGUCUGAAGAUGUCCCUUUACCUUACAUAGUUGUAAUCAGAUGCAUAAUCACUGUAAAAGUUUGAUUUUCAAUUGUUGGUGCUGCUAAAAACGAGAAAAACUACUGCCUUUGCUGGCUGGACCAUAUCAGUAUAAAAGUUUACAUUUAAGUUUUUCUAACCUUGAAGUAAUUGUUAGUGUUUAGAAAAAAAAAAAAACUAAUGCUGUUACAGUUGCUGGACUAUAUCAAUAUAGAAGAAUGCUUUUCAAUUAUUAUGGCUGUUAAACAAAGAAAGAACGCUAGUGCAAUUUAAUUGUUUGACCAAUAUGCAAGUUUGUGUUUUAGUUGAAAUUCAAAUCA